AUGAUUAGUGUCCCGGUCUAUCAACCUCCUGACCCCUCCCCCAGUCUGUUGGAAAGCGUAUCCGGGAGACAUGUCGUCGACUCCUACCGUCCUGGGUCUGGGCGAAGCCAAGGACUGCUAUCUCGUUCAGGAGUGGAGAGCGGGGGACAGAAGUGCGGAGAGCAGAUCAUGGUGUUCCUCGAGGCCCAAGAAGAAAACAGGGUCAUCCAACAUCGCGAUUCAUUGCGGGGACUUGAAGCGCUGCGUGGAGAAAACCGAACUCUCUCCGAGGGUCAGCAAGCACUGCGUGAGGGACAAGAGUCUAUUCAAGACGAUAACCGCGCCUUCCGAAAUGAAGUCAAAGAUCUCCGUGAGACAAACAUCGUUCUAAGUCAGAAACUUGAUCAUCUCCUCGACGAGGUUGGUCGGCUCCGCCAGGAGAACUCGGAUCUCAAAGACAUUGCAGAGGAGCUUCGAGGUGAUAUCCACGAUCUUCAAGUUGAGCAAAGGGCAAUACCUAGCAAGGAUGACAUCAGAGAGGAACUCCAGGAGCAAUUUGCCACACCAUUGUCAGAACUUUCGGAUGACAUUGGACAAGUACGAAGAUCCCUGGAGUCAUUAAGAGACACGUAUCGUAAAAUGGACGAAGCACGAACGAAGAACAAUACGCCCCCAGCCAUCACUUCUCCCCGUCAGGAAAAUCCCCCUGCUGCUUCCUACGAUUCUGCUUCUCUCAUCACGAACCCUAUUAUAGAUGCGGAAACCGACAGUAAUCCUUAUGCGUUACAAGCCACAAUCUGCAGCCGGAGCCCGGAUCUUUUUACGACCAGAUCUCACGCACGGUCCAGGAUCUGUCCGGCCGGAUCUAGAACAAUGUUCACAUUCUCUCCCCAGGCAAGUCUGGCCCACUUUUCAGCCCUUUCAUGGAAGAUUGCACUCGAAAUUUUCCUUGAAAGGAGAUGA